CUUAUUUAUCCCUCCCGACCUGGUCCCUGGCUAUGGAGACUGCCAUCCAAUAGCCUACAUCCACCAUGCCCCCAGAAAGGACCCCCACUGAGACAUCCCCGUUGCUGGGGCCCCAAAGCAACGGGUCUACCACGGGGGCUAUCCCCAACCUCGGCCAGCAGGAUGUUGAGUCGGCCCAGCAGACGCCUGAGUCACAAGAGGACCAGGACAAGGAUAUUUCCAGUACGCAGAAUAAUCUGAAAUAUAUCCUUCCCGCAAUCUCUAUCGGGAUUUUCCUCUCGGCAGCCGACCAGACAAUUAUCAUGGCCAGUUAUGGGCAAAUUGGCAGUGAUCUGGAGGCGCUCAAUCUGACAAGCUGGAUUGCGACAUCCUACUUCCUCACACUGACUUCGUUCCAGCCCCUAUACGGUAAACUGAGUGACAUCUUCGGUCGGAAGGGCUGUUUGCUGUUUGCGUAUGCUGUCUUUGGCAUCGGGUGCUUGUUCUGCGGCAUCGCUCAAAACAUCCACCAGCUUAUCGCUGCUCGUGUUUUCCAAGGCAUCGGAGGCGGCGGCAUGACUACCGUCGUGAGCAUCCUCAUGAGCGAUAUCGUUCCUCUCCGCGAUCGGGGCGUGUGGCAGGGUAUCAUCAAUAUCAUCUAUGCGACUGGCUCGGGUACAGGAGCACCCUUAGGUGGCAUCUUGGCCGACUACAUCGGAUGGCGAUGGGCCUUCAUCGCUCAAGUCCCCUUCUGCGUCCUCGCCUUCAUUGCUGUCACCGUCAUGCUGGAGCUUCCCGCCAAAGAAGACAGCCACUGGAAGACCAAGCUCCGCCGCAUCGACUUCCCCGGCGCCAUCGUCCUAGUGGGCGCCGUCUUCGGCUUCUUGCUCGGCCUGGACCGCGGCAGUAACGUCUCCUGGACAAUGCCCACCACCAUUGUAUCGCUGGCUGUGUCCGCCGCCCUCUUCGUCCUCUUCAUCGUGGUUGAGGUCUUCUACGCCGCCGAGCCCUUCGCCCCGGGCCACAUCAUCUUCAACCGCACCUUCUUCGCAGCCUACAGCUGCAACUUCUUUAGCUUCGGCGGCUGGCUCGCCGGCCUGUUCUACAUCCCCCUCUACUUCCAAGCCGUGGAUGGCGUCUCCGCCACCGUUGCCGGAGUGCGUCUCCUCCCCAGCAUCCUCGCCGGUGUCAGCGGCUCCCUCUUGUCUGGCUACAUCAUGAAGUGGACCGGCAAGUUCUACUGGCUGACCGUCGCCGCCUACACCGGUCUCACCCUCGGAAUGACCACCAUUUUCCUCGCCUCGGGCGGCGUCACCUCCAACACCACCCUCAUGGUCGUGGGCAUGAUUGCCUGCGCCUUCGGUAACGGCAUCGGUGUUACCACCACCCUCAUCAGUCUUAUCUCCAACUCCCCCCCCGAAGACCAAGCCGUGGUAACCGCCUGCUCCUACCUCUUCCGCUCCCUCGGCUCCGUCAUCGGCCUCUCCCUCUCCGCCACCGUCGUGCAACAGAUCCUGCGCGACCGACUGCACUACGCCCUGCGCGACAGCGAAGACAUCGACCGCAUCGUCGACGGCGUGCGCCAGUCCCUCGAUUUCAUCAAGACGCUGGAUCCCGCCGUCGCGAGGGUCGUGCGGAGUUGCUAUGGAUUUGCCACGAAUAAGGGCUUUUCGUUCAUGAUUGGCGUGGUCUUUUUUGCGGUUGUGAGUAGUUUGUUUAUUCGGGAGAAGAAGUUGAGAUAAGGGUGAUAUAUUGCAUCGUGUAUAGUUUGGG